AUGGCAACUGGAUCUAGGGGAAGCAGAGGGAUGCUCCAUGGAGAGAUCAUCCAAAUUUCAGGUGGAGUAAUCAAAGCCCAAGCCAACCGCCUCAACCAUCUACACAACAGAUACAACCCUCCGAAGGGCAGUCCAAUUAGCCCGCAUGAAAUCAAGAAAGGCCAAACAAUAAAGGAAAUAGAAUGCAGGGUGGUCAAGGGAACUGGUCAGGCGGACCUCAAGGGAAUUGGUCAAGCUGGUCCAGUGGAGGACAGCCCAAUUUGUCAGGGGAAUCAACAGCACCCAGGGAACCAACAAUACCAUCAGCCCCAGUAUCAACCAGACCACUACGGGCUAUCAGACUACACUCAGCCUAGCCACGGUGGAGGCCCUUCGAAUCAAAGAUAUAACAGGCACCCCAACGAAGGUCCAGGAGAGGCUAUGGCUCCGCACCAUCAAAAUGAUGCGAUGCGCGAGAUUCAGGAGGCUCAGAAGGAGCAGAGGGCAGCGCUGGACUUGCUUACAAAGCAAUUAUCUCAAGUCGCCAUGUCGCUGGGAGAGCUGAGAGGAAACGAAGGAAAGAUCCCUGCCAUGGUGCAACCUCCUGGGUGGGAGAACAUAAGCGAAGUCUCCCUGAGAUCAGGGAAGGUAUACCAGAGCCCCAGCUCACCUGCGGUACCCCCAGUAUCUAUGCCUGGACCAAGCCAGGAAGAAGAAGGAGAGUCCAGUCCCCCUGAUCAAGCCAAAGGAAGAGACAAAGGGAAAGCGAAAAUGGGCGGCGAGACCUCGGGAGAAAGUCAAGGAAAAGAAGCUGAGAAGAUCAAGCCCUACCCAUAUCGUGGAAUGGUCACCAGGAAUAGAGACGCCACGAUCGAUGUGGACAGUCUGUUCAAAGAUGUAGAAGUCAUGGUGCCACUCUUGACUGCAUUAAAGUUAAAGAUGCCCCCAAUCAGCAAGUUUAUUAAGGACUACCUAGCGGGGAAGGUCAAUGAAGAAGGAAGAAUGAUCACAGAAGAGAAUGUCUCUGCAGUAAUCCAGCGAAGCGAUCUUCCAUCAAAGAAAACCGACCCAGGGAUGUUCACGCUCCCGAUUUUAAUUGGGGAUAUUCAAGUGAAGCACGCAAUAUGCGAUUUAGGGGCAUCCAUCAAUGUUCUAUCGUAUGCUAUCUACAAAAAGCUGGGAGAGGCUAAGCUGGUCGACACCGACAUCAUGAUACAACUAGCCGACAGAUCUAGCAUUCAUCCUGAAGGAAUUCUUGAAGAUGUAAUAGUGAAGGUGAACAAUUUUCUAUACCCAUCCGACUUCUUCGUCAUCAAGAUGACAGAGCCAGCAGCGAAGGAGUCCAGCUGA